UAGUGUUUGUCAGACCGGUGUGGCGCGGCGACGUGUGUGAGACGCUCCUCCUCGUGCCCUUUACUGGUGACUGGCUCUACCUUGCGUCCUGGUGAUUCUGUAGUGAUUACAUACGUGUGAAUCUUCUUAACGUAAAGGAGUGACUCGGUGCAAUGUUGGUGUACUCGGGGACUAACAGCACGAGGGUUAGGACAAGAAUAUCGUAGUUGCUUGAAAAGUUUGUGGAGUGCAACACGCGAUAGUACUGGAGUAUUGAGUGUCGUGAAGAGUUUGUGGAGUGGAAAAUAGAUAGCAAGAAGGAAUACUGAAAUAGCUCGAGUUCUAGAGAGUUUGUGAACUUGAAAACACGAGGAAAAAUAGCACAGCAGUAUCUAAUGUUUUCUGAAGAGCUUGUGGAUUGAGAAUACUGGAAUACCUAACGCAGUAAAGAGUUUGUGAAUUAGAAAACAGAACACAAGAAACAAUACUAAAAAAAAAGAGUUCUGGAGAGUUUGUUGAAUUGAGAACACGAAGGAAAAUAUUAUUAAUCAGUAACAUCUACGGAUAGUGUUCUGACAAGCUUAUGGACUGGUAAAGAAAACACAACAUGCGAGGAAAAUUAUAUUGGGAAACCUAUCUUAAGUGUUGCGAAAAAAAGUGUUUGGGGGUAAAUUGAGAGUCAGCAACACUAGGAGUCAUGGCUGUUGUUGUUGUUGUGCUUGUGUUAGUGAAGGAGAUGGAGUGAGAAGUGAUACCUGUUCUGUACCUGGCCGUGACCUCGCACCCUCUUCCCCCCCACCCACCCCUGGACUGCACACCUUAUAUCAACAGGCGUGCGUGAUGCGGGACAAGGAGAAGAGCCGCCGCGGGGAGGACUGGUACCUGCCGUGGGUGGUGCGCCCCGAGCUGCUGCGUGCCUCCCGCCAGUGGCACCGCAGCAGCACGCCGCCCGCCCUCACCUGCCGCACCGCCGCCCACGCCGCCGCCGCCGCCGCCGCCAAGCGCCCCUGCGGCCCCUCCGUCAGCCUUCACGAGGGUCUACUGGGCUGCAGCUUCGGGCACGGGGAGUGUGUCAAACCCCACCCCAACACACACACCCACGGUCACGCCCACGGCAGCCCCCACGCCCACAGCCACACCCACGCCCACGCCCUCGCCCACGGUCACGUCCCUCUGUCCGCCAGCCCGCCGCUCCGACACCUCCACCUCAGGGCGCGAUCUUACGGUGAUGUGACACCUUAG